AUUUUCGGACGAAUAGCAUUCGAAUUGUCACCACCACGAACAAUUCCAUACCUUCAUGUAAGGAGUGGACGAAUCAAGUUCAGACUUCCGAGAACAUGAUGGCAAGUGCAAAGCGAUGCCCCAUCUGCGACAAUCUCCAGUCGAGCUACGAGCCUACCGGAACCAGCCAUGAAGUACGCAGGGACAUUAUCCAUAAGAGAAGCUAUGGACAAUUCAGGUUGUCAAGUAAACAGGGCUGCUCGAUGUGUGGAUUUAUUCAGGAUGCGAUCCAACACUUUGAUCCGGAUUCGAAAGAUGCUUCGUUAGCAUUACUACGAAUUGCUCACACGGGUGCUUGUGUCAUAAGUAUGAGUAACUCUAGUUCUACUCUACAGGUCUAUACUCCACGCGGUUAUCCGCCAGCCUGGCCUGGCGUUGUUAGAGGCGAUCUACUGAGCUCGUCCGCUGGUUCCCAGGAGGCUUUCGAGUUUGCUCAAAGAUGCCUACAAAAGUGUGAUACGUAUCACCCAGAAUGCAAAGCCUCGACUACGCAACUACCAACACGCCUCAUUGAGAUCUACCAGGACCAAACCAGCUACGUACGGCUUGUAGAGGCCAAGAGAGGUCAUAGUGGAUCAUACGUAGCCUUGAGCUAUUGUUGGGGUGUAGGAGACAAUGUCAAGACUACACUUACAAACUACAGCCAGAUGCUAUCCGCCAUUCCAGUGGCAACACUACCUCAGACACUACAGGAUUCUAUCUCUAUUACCAGGCAGCUGCAGCAAAGAUAUAUCUGGAUCGAUGCCAUAUGUAUUAUUCAAGAUUCUGCCAGUGACUGGGAGGCAGAGUCUGUAACAAUGGCGACUGUGUAUCGCAAUGCGUACCUGACCAUAGCUGCAGGAACAGCCGAGGCGGCCACAGAAGGAUUCAUGACACACCAGUAUCCAGCUGCCGACUUUCCUGCACCGUUUCAGAUACCUUGGUGUAACAAGGAUGGUGUUCAGUCUGUGCUAGCUGCUCGCAUCAUACCGGGUUACGAGAUGCAUGGUGACGGUGUGGAAGGUAUUCCCUUGGAGACCAGAGGGUGGUGUUUGCAGGAACAACUGCUGUCGACUCGAAUUCUCACCUACCGAGAAGAAGAAUUGUAUUGGACUUGCCUUGCUUCGAGCUUGUGCGAGUGCAGCUUGCGAGAUCACAUGGCGAGCCAGCAGAUUCGCACAGCCGGAGAUAGCCGUAUACCUUACGCGUCUUUAUUUCAAAUCACAAAAGAAGAAGCCUGGGAUAAGUGGAGAUAUGUUGUAGAGGACUUCAUGCUUCGCUCACUCACCAACGAGAGCGACCGGCUUCCGGCCAUUGCAGGCGUGGCUACAGUGAUACAGGCAAUCACCGGAUCAGGUUACUUGGCAGGACUCUGGACCGAUAACCUGCUGCCCGGUCUGAUGUGGGAAUCGGCGCGCCUAGGCUGCUCGACUCUCUCGGCGGAACCCUGUGCCUCGCGUCAAUACAUAGCGCCUUCGUUCUCUUGGGCAAGCUCUUCCAAUAUCGCACAGUAUGGUAAAGCUGUGGACUCUUCGCUGGAAAAUCGAAACACGACUUGGAUCUUCAAAUGCAAAUUACUCGAUAGUGGGUGCAUCCUGCGAGGCAGCCAUUCCCUAGGCCAGGUGGAAAGUGCUUUUAUUCGAUUGACAGGACCACUUUUGCGAGCCACGCUGCGGAAGGAGAAAGGCAUAUACACUCCAAAUGGCGAUAAAUGGAUAGUGUUGUGGGAUGAUGUCUCGCUCACAGUCCGCGCCGAUGCGCGGUUGGAGGAGUGUGAGGCCACGAGUGCAGAAGGGCUUCUUGAGAACACUGUUUGCAGAUCGCCUCACGGGUCUCGGAAAGAGAUCGCGCAGGACGGCGCACCUGUAUUUGUUCUCUAUCUUGGGAAGAGGUCUGGUAGCUACGCCGGACGAAUGAGGUGGUCUCGCAUGUUCCUAAUCCUAGGAAGAUCGCCUGUACAGGUCGGUGCAUAUGUGCGGUUAGGUUCCACUGACCAGGGCGGCUACGGUGAUCCAAUAAAGUUGAGGCGUCGCCAAGUUGGGUUUCAAAAAUCAGAGAUAACCUUGAUCUGAGUUUGCGUAGCUGCGUUGAGCAUGGUACCUAGCUAGGUACUGCACCUUCAUCUCUUUACCGAGAGCUAAGCUCUGUUCGCAAGGCGCAGAAAACCAACAAAGCUUUCAGCGCUGCUGUUUCGCUGCUUUAGAUACAGGAUACUCUCUUCAGUGUUGCUUGG